AUGACUUCAUAUCAGUCAAAACCCAUUGCAGUCCACAAGACAGAGGUCACCCAAAAGGAAGUAAGAGAAGUUCUCUGCCCACUCCAUAACACUUCCCAUAGCCUGAACGAUUGCAAAGCCUUUCAAAAGAAGUCUAUAGAGGAGAGAAAGAAGUUUAUGAGAGAGAAAGGUGUAUGCUUCAAGUGCUGCGCAAUAAACCAGUGCAUUGCAAAGAACUGCCCGGAGUCAGUCUCCUGCAAAAGAUGUCAGAGUCCAAAGCACUGCACAGCGCUGCACAUGUCAGGACCAGAUGUUCCAUCCAAUAGUACGUCUACACCUACUUCCAUGUCAUUCAGCUCCAGUGAGGAAGUCCAGUCAAAGUGUACUAAACUGAAUUGCAAGGAAUUCUCUGGAAGAUCUUGUGCUAAGAUUGUGCUCAUCAAGGUUUAUCAUAACACAUCUCCUGGAAACUUUAAGUACAUCUAUGCCAUUAUUGAUGACCAGAGCAACAAGUCCCUCGCUACAUCAGAGUUCCUCGAUCAUUUUGGUGAGACGGGACAUGAAAUGGAGUACACCCUAACAUCCUGUGCUGGAGUAUUUGCUAUGUCUGGAAGAAGAGUCCAUGGUUAUGUUGCUGAAUCAGCAGAUGGCCAAACGAAGAUGGACCUCCCUACCCUGAUCGAAUGCCACGACAUACCGAACAAUCGGGAAGAAAUCCCUGUACCUGAUAUAGCACAGCACUACCCUCAUUUGAUCGAUGUUGCACACCAGAUACCUCACCUUUACGACGCCCCUAUCGCGAUCCUCAUUGGCAGGGACAUGGUUGAUGCCCACAGGGUGCUUGAUCAACGCGUGGGCCCUAGAAACACCCCCUUUGCUCAAAAGCUAGGCUUAGGAUGGGUUCUUAUCGGGGAAUCUUGUGGAGGAGGUACACAUUGGUCAGAGAUGGUCAACGUCAACGAAACCCAACUGCUUAUCAACGGUCGUGCGUCAGUCUUUGAAUCCUGCAGAAAUUACUUCAGCACAAAGGAAGCACCAUUGGAAAACAACUGCCUGUUUGAAAGGACCCUCGCGGAUGAAACUAGAGGACUAUCUAUAGAGGACCACCAGUUUCUCAACAUCAUGGCUACAGAAAUGGUUAAAGAUGACAACGGGCACUGGGAAGCCCCUCUUCCUUUGAAACCUCUACGACAAGCCCUUCCGAAUAACAAGAAUGAGGCCAUGAAGCGAGCCAAGUCCUUGACCGCUAGCCUAAAAAGAAACCCUAAAAAGCGAGAGCACUUUGUACAGUUCAUGACGAAAAUAUUGUCUACAGGGCAUGCAGAAACAGUCGCUGGCACUAACGGUGCUAGUGAACGAUGGUAUUUGACAAUAUUCGGCGUCUACCACGCCAAGGAAACAGACUCUCUCCGAGUUGUAUUUGACUCCUCUGCCAAAUGCCAAGGUAUCUCUUUAAAUGACACCCUGCUUAAAGGGCCAGACCUUACGAACAGCCUCCUUGCUAUCCUCUUAAGAUUCAGAAAAGAACUAGUGGCAUUUAUGGCAGAUAUUCAGUAA